AUGUCUCAAGCUUAUGCUUUGACUACUGUGCUUGAAACACUGGAUUCCAUUUUAGAAACUUUAGAAGACAUAAAAAGUUUCGAAGGACAGGUUGACUUUAAAACAGGUGCAGAAUGUACAGGACUACUUUGUUUUUUGCAGUCUUUUAAUUUUUUAUUGACAGCACAUAUUUUUAAAAGAGUAUUUGAUCUUAUUGAACCUGUUAGUAGAGCUUUACAAGCUCAUAAUAUUGAUAUACUUAUGGCUAUUGAACUAAUAAAGAAAACAGGAAAAAAUAUUAAAUGUUUGAGAUCUAGUGAAAUGUUUUUCAAUAUAUAUGAAUCAGUAAGAAAAUUUGCCAAAGACAAUAAUUUUGAAUUUGAACUGACCUUACCAACAAGAAGACAUAGACGAGUUCCACGCCAACCUGGUGAAUUGUCUAAUGAUGAACAAAUAAAUGAUCCUGUGAUGGCUUAUAAAGUAAACACUUAUUUUGUAAUUAUUGAUAAAGUAUCAUCGGAACUUCAUAAAAGGUUUAAUAAUAACUCGAUUAUGAUAGCAAAGGAUCUAUCUUUAUUAACAAGUAACAACUAA